ACAACUGAAUAAGUUAGCAACGGAAUUAUAGCAACUCCUCUCCCUCACUCAUGCUCUAAACAUAAUCAACCUUCUACAAUGCUCCGACAAAUCUUUUUGACCCAAAUUCUGAUUUCAGGAAAAUCUUAGGAAAUAAAAGUGUCAUUUUUUCUGAUUGAUCGCUUCUUGCAUUCUCAGCGUGAAUCCCAUUGCUGCCAAGCAGUCGUCAUUAUCGGUAAUAUUGGGAUAUGCUACCUUAGUUAUAUUCAAAUUCCUUUAUAAUGGCUUCAAGAGCAAUAUUGCAAAAGAACAAGUGUCUACUUGAUUCUGUUAAGCGUCCCCACCACUUGGUUCAACGGUUUUUAUGUUCUGAUCGUGGAAAAUUGUUGGGGAAUCCCGAUUCACAGCUCCGGAGCUGGCCUAGUUCUUCAUCUUCAGGUGAGCACUCUGGAGAGAAAGAAGAUUCAUAUUCUCUGACCAAACAUGAGACACAACGUAGUUUGGCAAAAAAGUACUUGGGGAAUAAUUUUUUUGCUCUUCCAACAUUGCACCGUGAGAUUGGAAUACAUGGGGAAUUUAAUCCUUUGGGAUUUAGGUGGGCAACAGAGUAUGUACGUUAUCUUUCAACCGCUGCGGCAGGUCAACCUGAAUUAGGAGGUGGUGAUGAUAAAAAUGAAGAACAAGCUAUGAAACAGAAGAAGGAACCUUCAGCGGAAGAAUGUGACCAAGCAGUUGAAGGUUUGAGCUCUAUCAAAGCCAGAGCUGAAGCCAAAGCCAAGCAGUUGCAAGAUUCCCAGAAGGGUGCUAAUUCUAUACUGAAGAGGAUUUGGGCUAUGGUUUUAGGAAUUGGUCCAGCUUUGCGAGCUGUUGCCUCUAUGAGCAGGGAGGAUUGGGCAAAAAAGUUGCAGCACUGGAAGGAGGAGUUUAAAUCUACAUUACAGCACUACUGGUUGGGUAUAAAGCUACUAUGGGUUGAUGUUAGAAUAAGCCUGAGGCUAUUGUUAAAACUUGCUAGUGGAAAGAGUCUAUCCAGGAGGGAAAGGCAACAGCUCACACGAACAACAGCCGACAUUUUCAGGCUUGUUCCUUUUGCUGUCUUCAUUAUAGUUCCAUUCAUGGAGUUCUUGCUGCCAGUAUUCCUGAAAUUGUUUCCCAACAUGCUACCAUCGACCUUCCAGGACAAGAUGAAAGAACAGGAGGCCCUGAAAAAGAGGCUAAAUGCGAGAAUAGAGUAUGCGAAGUUUCUUCAAGAAACAGUCAAAGAAAUGGCGAAGGAAGUUCAGAGCUCAAGGAGCGGGGAAAUAAAGAAAACAGCUGAAGAUCUUGAUGAAUUCAUGAACAAAUUUGACCAGGUCAGGACGGGGGCACAUGUAUCUAAUGAAGAUAUUUUGGGCUUCGCCAAGUUGUUUAAUGAUGAGCUCACUUUGGAUAAUAUCAGCAGACCCCGGUUGAUGACCAUGUGCAAAUAUAUGGGUAUCAGUCCUUACGGUACUGAUGCAUACCUUCGCUAUAUGCUUCGGAAAAGACUUAACAAGAUAAAGGAUGAUGACAAGAUGAUUCAAGCUGAGGGCAUAGAAUCCCUUUCGGAGGAGGAGCUACGCCAAGCAUGUCGAGAGCGUGGGUUGCUUGGACUCCUCUCUGUUGAUGAAAUGAGAAAACAGCUUCAAGAUUGGCUGGACUUGUCCCUCAAUCAUUCAGUACCCUCAUCUUUAUUGAUUUUGUCUAGAGCAUUCACUGUCUCUGGUAAAGUGAAGCCUGAGGAAGCUGUUCAAGCUACGCUCUUAUCUCUGCCUGAUGAGGUGGUGGACACGGUUGGAGUAACAGCUUUGCCAUCCGAAGAUUCUGUCUCUGAAAGGAGAAGGAAGUUAGAGUUUCUGGAAAUGCAAGAAGAAUUAAUCAAGGAGGAGGAAGAGAAAGAGGAGGAGGAGCAGGCUAGGUUGAAGGAAUCAGUCUCCGGGCAGAAGGAUGUGGCCUUGGAAGAGAUGGUAAAGGCAACCGCAAAAGAAGCAGAAGAACGUGAAAGGGCAAAAACUUUGGAUAAGAGAGAGCAACUUUAUCAGCUCAGUCGUGCAUUGGCUGUAUUAGCAUCUGCAUCAUCUGUGAGGAGGGAGCGUGAAGAGUUCUUAAGACUUGUUAACAAAGAGAUAGAGCUAUACAAAAACAUGGUAGAGAAAGAGGGUACUGAUGGAGAAGAAGAAGCCAGAAAGGCAUAUAAGGCAGCUAGAGAGGAAAGUGAUCACGCUGCCGAGAGGGCCGCUGGCCAUGAAGUAUCUUCAGCACUCAUAAACAGGGUUGAUGCUAUGCUCCAAAAGCUUGAAAAGGAGAUUGAUGACGUAGAUGCAAAAAUUGGCAAUCGGUGGCAGUUGCUCGAUAGGGAUUAUGAUGGCAUAGUGACUCCUGAGGAGGUUGCAGCUGCUGCUAAGUACCUGAAAGACACCUCAGAUGAGGCUGGAAUUCAAGAACUUAUUGAAAAACUGUCGAAGGAUAGAGAGGGAAAAAUUCUUGUGGAAGAUAUUAUCAAGUUAGCCAACGAAGAAGAAGAAACUGAAAAUGCUGAAGGAGGAAAAGCAUAACAAGAAAUUGAUGAUCAGUCUCUCCGGAUCAGUAUCUUCUCUCAACUAUUAAUUUUUUUCCGAGUCAGUUGACAUCUAUCAACAGCUACAUAUGGUUUGAAACUUUUUGGGCGAAUUUUUCCAUUUUUGCCACUCAAUUAAAGGAAAUGAUAAUGUCUAGGUUUGACAGAUAAAUAAACAUUAUCUGUUGCACAAUCUAGGAAAUACGAGCAACUGAUGUCUAAACAAGCAACAUGGUUAAGGCAUAACUCUGUCUAUCUACGUUGCUAUUCUUUGUAUAUGUUUUAUCUAGAUCCAAUAUAUAGCAAUUAUUGUCUUCU